AUGGAUAGUAUUGACUUGCUCAAAUCCUCACCUUGUGAAGAUCAAAUGGAAAUGUUCAUGAUGCAAAUGGAAAAUGAAAUGCCAAUGUUGGACUAUAGUCCACGACGAAGCAAUAACAACAACAAUAAUAAUAAUAUUAAUCGUAAUAAUUUCUUUGAAAUUAUCGAUCAUCAUAAUUCACCAUCCACAUUUUUGAACAAUGUGCCAUCAUCUACCAUUCCAUUCAAUGACUCUAGAUCUCCUCAAAUAAUUCAUCAAGAAUCUUCAAUAACCCUUCCUUUCUUGGAAAAUUCGAGUCGUAGUAAUGGGAAGUGGAGUACUUCUGUUAAAGGUAACUAUAAAGAACAAGUAUCCAUUGCCUCGCAUUUGAGUACAUUUCCUUCACAUACAUUGAAGCGAAAUUCUAUGGUGGCUAUGAGAGAGAUGAUUUUUAGAAUAGCUGCAAUGCAACCAAUUCAAAUCGAUCCAUCAUCCGUAAAAGCGCCCAAGAGAAGGAACGUGAAGAUAUCAAGCGAUCCUCAAAGCGUGGCGGCACGCCAUAGGAGAGAAAGGAUAAGUGAAAAAAUAAGGAUACUACAAAGAUUAGUACCAGGUGGAACAAAAAUGGACACAGCAUCAAUGUUAGAUGAAGCAAUUCAUUACAUGAAAUUCUUGAAGAAGCAAGUUCAAUCUCUUGAAAAAGUUGAAGUUAAUAGACAUAUGCCAAUGUCAUUAAGUAGUAAUUAUUUACCUAAUUAUUACCCUUGUCAUCAAAGUGUUCAACCCUAG